AUGUCAAUUCAACCAACCACGAAUGGCGCGUCUGGCGCUUCAUCUUCCCAGGACAAGCCUUUCCGCUUCCUCGACCUUCCUCCUGAGCUCCGCGAAGUCGUGUACGAGAAAGCGCUGGCGAGCGAGCCACUUGCGCACCUCUCGCGCUUCACGAGAGACAAGAAUCUACUGACCGAUUGCCGCCUCGUUGGGGUGAGCAAGCAGGUCAAAGAGGAGUUUAUGAAGAUCCUCGAUCUCUACGCUCCCGUGAUCCGCACUCGGGUCCGCAACUUCGACUUCGGCGCCGUCAUCGCCUACCUCAACCGCAUCUCGGACGCUGAUGUAGAGAAGCUCACCAAGGACACCCACGCCUCGACCCGCAUGAUGAGAAUCGAGUUCGACUUCCGUCGUCCGUUCCCCCACAACUUCGGCAAGCACCUUCAGCGCUGGCUGAAUCGGAUUCGUGAUCCAGCGAGGAAGGGCACGGAUGUGGCCUUCGAGUACGUGUGGGAUGAUGAGGCAUGGCGCUAUGAGACUCCGCUCGUCGUUACGGUCGAUAUCCGGCAUCCAGACGCUGCAGAAGAGUUCAGAAAGAUUCAGCAGACGUCGGGUGCGCACCUUCAGUUGAGUCCCUCGAGCUUGGUCUAA